AUGGAAAUCAAUUUGGGGAAACUUGCAUUUGACAUUGAUUUUCAUCCAUCAGAUAAUCUCGUUGCAACCGGACUCAUAGACGGCGACCUUCACUUAUACCGUUAUAGCCCGGAUAAUACUAAUAGUGAUCCUGUGAGGGUGUUGGAAAUUCAUGCCCACAACGAGUCUUGCAGAGCUGCGCGAUUCAUCAAUGGUGGACGAGCGCUGUUGACGGGCUCUCCCGAUUUCUCGAUACUGGCUACAGAUGUGGAAACUGGAUCAACCAUUGCCCGACUUGAUAAUGCCCAUGAGGAUGCGAUCAACAGGUUGAUAAACUUGACCGAGUCAACUGUUGCUUCAGGAGAUGAUGAUGGUUGUAUUAAGGUUUAG